AUGUCGAAGCAUCAUCCCGAUCUCAUACAAUGUCGCAAGCUACCAGGCAUUGCUAUCGGCAGACUAUGCGAAAAGUGUGACGGCAAAUGCCCGAUCUGCGACUCCUACGUACGACCGGCAACGAUUGUGAGGAUAUGCGACGAAUGCAACUUUGGCACGUCCGGCAGUCGAUGCAUCAUCUGCGGCAGCAACGGUAUCUCGGAUGCUUACUACUGCUUCGAAUGCACCCGGCUCGAGCACGAUAGAGAUGGCUGUCCAAAGAUCAUCAAUCUGGGCACAGCUAGGACGGACCUGUUCUUCGAAUCCAAGGCAAAACGGCAAGGCGCUUUCAGGCAAGGCUGA